CUUUCCACGCAGGACGCGCAGCAGCCAUCCCACAUGCACCUCCAAACAUUUUUUCUCGUGAUUUUUAAGGGAGAUUUUAUUUAGAGGCGGCGCUUGUUCCGGAGCAGCGUCGCAGCGACACUUUUUUCUCUCUCUUUCCUCCCCCCUCCACCUCCCCCCAAUCCCUGUUGAAAGAGUUUGACCAGGGCCAGAGUUUGGUACUGGGGGUCGCUCAUUUAGCUCAGUAAUAACCUGAAGGGUGAUUGCUGUGCUUUUUUUAACCCAGCAUUUUUUUUAAAUUUAUUUUGUAUUUAAUUUAUUUUUUUAAACUCUUGACUAUCCUAUUAAGAUCUGGCAGCCUUUCGAGAUUUUUCCUUUCAGAUCAUGAACAAACUAUAUGUUGGGAAUUUGAGUCCUUCGGUCACUGUCGAGGACUUGAAGCAGCUCUUCGAGGAGAAGACGCUGCCAGCGCCCGAGCAGGUCCUGCUGAAACCCGGCUAUGCUUUUGUAGACUUCCCCGAUCAAAACUCGGCCAUAAAGGCUAUUGAGACUCUAUCCGGUAAAGUUGAAUUACACGGAAAGGUGAUAGAAGUAGACUACUCUGUUCCCAAAAAGCUAAGGAGUCGGAAGAUCCAGAUCCGGAACAUUCCCCCCCAUCUACAGUGGGAGGUUUUGGACAGCCUUCUAGCUCAGUAUGGUACUGUAGAGAACGUGGAACAAGUGAACACUGAUACUGAAACAGCAGUGGUGAAUGUUACAUACGCAACCAAGGAGGAAGCUAAAGAAGCCAUUGAGAAGCUGACGGGACACCAGUUUGACGACUACUCCUUCAGCGUGUCGUACAUCAUGGACAUGGACGCAGCUCCACCCAUCCAGGCUUCCCGAGCAAAGCGAGGAGGUAGAUCUUCUCGGGACCAGGGCCCCCCUCAGCCCGGGCCGUCGGGAGGGUUUGGCUCGCCACGCCUUCGACAGCCCGACUUCCCCCUACGAAUGCUCGUGCCUACUCAGUUUGUGGGAGCCAUUAUCGGAAAGGAAGGCCUUACCAUCAAGAAUGUCACAAAACAGACUCAAUCCAAGGUAGAUAUUCAUCGGAAAGAAAAUGCAGGUGCAGCAGAAAAACCCAUCACCAUCCACUCGACACCGGAAGGCUGCUCCUCUGCUUGUCACAUGAUCCUAGACAUCAUGCAGAAGGAGGCCAACGAGACCAAGAUGACGGAGGACAUCCCUCUGAAAAUCCUCGCCCACAACAGCCUGGUGGGCCGGCUGAUUGGGAAGGAGGGUCGCAACCUGAAGAAGAUUGAGGAGGAGACCGGGACCAAGAUAACCAUCUCCUCGUUACAAGAUUUAACCAUUUACAACCCUGAGAGGACCAUCACGGUGAAGGGGAGCUUGGAGGCUUGUUGUAAAGCUGAAGAGGAGAUCAUGAAGAAGCUGAGGGAAGCCUAUGAGAACGACGUUGCUGCUAUAAAUCAACAGGCCAACUUAAUCCCAGGCCUGGGCAUCUUCUCCUCGGGCCUGCCGGUGCUGCCCCCUUCUGCUGGACCACGAGGUGCAGUGUCCCCUGUAGUACCAGCGGGAUACAACCCAUUCUUAAGUCACUCUUCACAUCUUGGGGGUCUGUACGGAGUUCCUCCUGCAAGUGCCAUGCCUCACCAGCACUCACAACAGGCUCCAGAACAGGAGGUCGUCUACCUCUUUAUUCCAACUCAGGCAGUCGGGGCCCUGAUAGGCAAAAAGGGCCAGCACAUCAAACAACUCGCUCACUUCGCUGGGGCGUCCAUCAAGAUCGCCCCAGCUGAGAGCCCAGAUGUUGCUGAGAGGAUGGUUAUCAUCACUGGAACUCCAGAGGCACAGUUUAAGGCACAAGGUCGGAUAUUUGGGAAGCUGAAAGAGGAGAACUUCUUCUCAGGAAAGGAGGAGGUCAAACUGGAGACGCACAUCAAGGUUCCCUCGACAGCAGCCGGCAGGGUCAUUGGCAAAGGUGGCAAAACGGUAAAUGAGCUGCAGAACCUCACGAGCGCAGAGGUCAUUGUGCCGCGGGACCAAACUCCUGACGAGAACGACGAGGUCUUUGUGAAAAUCAGCGGGCAUUUCUUUGCCAGUCAGACUGCACAGAGGAAGAUCCGGGAGAUCAUUCAGCAGGUCAAACAGCAGGAACAGAAGCACCAGCAGGGCGCAGCCGUGUCACCACAUCACUCCAAGUGACCAGCAAGGUGGCUCCAGCAGGCGCCAGCCAAUGAAUGUAGCCCUCCCAGAUGGACAGAGACCUACCCAGGCUAAGGCCAAGGCCAAGGGGGGACAUGCAGGGCUGACCAACAGCACUGGGAUCAAAACCAAAGAACUUCGCUAUGGGGGGAAACAAGUGAGAGAGCCAAAGGCUGAGGGCGUCGCAUGCACUGCCAGCCCUGCGAGAGCAGAGCAGACAGGGUAGGAGAAACUGUACUGAUGCUACAUAAUGGAAAGACCAAAAAAAAAAAAAAAAAGAAGAAAGGAUGAUGGAAACAGCAUAAAAAUCGGAAACUGUUGACUCAUUCGUAAAAAAAAAGAAGGUAAAACAGGAAAUACGUCGCCCUGCAUAACGUUAUCUCUUUAGUUGGACUAAUAUACGCCUAACAAACAGAUCGAACAAAUAAAGUCUUUUAACACGAGCGCACACGAGGCAUUUUGACUGACAUAGUGAGUUAGAACCAGAGUGACCAAGGGCACCUCCUUGUCUGAGGUAUUUAGAUCAUCAGAUUAAAUAUCCUUAGCAGUAUUAAUUCAGACUAGAGACGUACACUGACACACACUUAGAUCAAGCGUUGUUGUUUCUGAUUUAAUCCAAACAACAGUUCGGCUAAGUGCAGUUUUUUAAUGGUUAUCUUGUUCAGGAGACUGAACUGUGAAAGCCACGCAGAGCAGUUCUUUAGUUUGUUUGCAGUUCAGAAUUAAAAAAAAAAUCAUAAAAAUAAUGCCCUCAGUAGCUAUGAUGAACGAGUUUUUGUAACAAGCCUGUGUGUGUGCCAAUGCAAAAGAUAACGCCUCUUUCAGAUGGCUCUCUUUUUUGAAAGUUGUUUUUCUUUUCUGCUAACUUCUGCUUCACUUUCUUGUCACUUUGGUCAUCCAGCGAUGUGUUUUUAAUCGGUUACAGAUUUUUGUUGAUGUGGAGAAGCGGUUUUGUUUCGUAGCCUUUUGAUGACAUUGAACUGACUGCCACUUAAAUGCAACAGAGGGGGUUUUUAAUUUUACCUUUGCAGGUAGUUUCACACUCCAAUGCCUGUACAGCGAUGUCUAAAUUCAGUCUUGUCCAGAUGUUUAAAAAAAGGCAUUAUUCUCGAUAAUCAGAGCAAAACUCGAUGUCCUAGAUUCAAGAAAAAAAAAAAAGAUAAAGCAUGCACCUUUGUAAGUGAGCGACCUUUUGUUUUGAAUGUGCAUCGACACACGCUUGGACUUAAGGGGACGACACACGGUGUGAGGUGAGGGCCCAGAUGUGGGACGGGUGUGGUGGAAGGAGGCGGGGCUAUUGUAUGACCUGUGGAACACACACGGCCGUGAAACGUGACCGCGUUUGGCUUUAAACCUCUCUUGUCAGGGAGCUUCUUCUAAAAAAAACGGCAUGACAGCUGUGAAUGUACAAUAUGCAGCCUUUUUUUUUAGAAAACCACCCCUGCCGUGUCCAGCAGGCUGGCCCAGCGGCACACGACACUUGCAGAUUGUCACCCUCACUCUUGCUCUUUCUGCUUAUUUUUUGGCUUUUUACUUCUUCUUUUUUAAAAAUAAUUUCUGUUGAGCUGGCCAACUGCCCUGCGAGCACGCUGGACAUGCAGGUCAUGGUGUCCUUUUGUGCUUUACUUUGGAGACCAUGGAAGCUUGUUGCCUUAUUUUGUCACCCCUCAGACAACGCCCAUCAGCUUCAUCUUCCAGACGCAAGGUUAUUGCCAAUUCGCACAGCUUCCUUCACGUGUUAUCAGCGUGCGUGUGUGUGUGUUUGUGUGCGUGCGCAUAUGUGUGUGUGUGUAUAUAUAUAAAAAAAGAGUAAAAAUAAUAUUUAUGAAUCUAUUUUUUUCCUAUUUUGUGAUGAGAUCUAUUGAUAAGAAACAAAAAGAAAACAAAGUCCUUCUUUUUUCCCUCAGUGGGACACUGCCAUAUUAUUUUGAAGGGAAGUGUUUAUUUUCUUGAAAACUAGACUAUGAAUAAUAUAAAAACCUGAAAAACUAGGAGAAGAAUAAAGUGAACCACCGCGUUAACUUUGGAUGUGAACAGUGCGCAUGUCAGUAUUGUGAUCUACCUCAGGCUUCAGGGUACCUCAGUCCAAUCUUUCAUUUCCCCUUUUUGUAUGCCUUGUUAACUGAUCAUUUUGAGCGUUUUUAAUUUCCUUUUUUAAUGAAAUGAGAAGAUCUGCAGUAAUGUCUACACUCUUCAGGUCCAGCCGACUAGUGAAACUUUGUAUAAACCAUAUUCUGUUGGACUGUUUGACUUCUACAAGAAGAUAAACGAUUAAGUUGAUUUAAGGAGAAAAAAAGAAAAGAAAUGAAGAGCAGGAUCUUUGGGGUACAUCCCUGCCCGAUGUGGUUCUGAAUGUGGAUGUGUACUGAAUUCACCACCAGAGAAAGACAAAACACACAGAAACUAACCAACUAUACCUCCUGUUUUUUGUUCCCAACUUGACCUUCAGGUUAUUUUUAAAACUGUACGUGAGAAACUAUGAAGUUUAUGAGAGAAGAUUUUUUGAACAACCUGACUUAAUCUUUACCAGCAUGAUCUUGGAUUCAUUUGAAGAAGGAAAAAAAAGAAAGAAAUCAGCAAAAAUACACUGACGGGACAUCCAAACGAGGUGUAAAACCCAAGUCUUCUGUGUAGGAUGUAAAACAACUCUAGUCGUUGAAAUGUCACUGUGUGCAACAAGAAAACUGUAUAUCUGUAAACAUGUACUAUAGAGUCUCACGUAACUGCAUCGUUUCCCGUCUCUCUCUCUGUCUAACACCAGUUUGGCCCUGUGUCGGCAUAGUCGGUGGGAAAGUUCGGAGCGUCGCAGCUUUUCCUCAAACUGACCUCUGAGCAGAUUUCCCACCCGUCUGCUGAUCUGACUUCUUGGUGUGCUGUACAUUUCAGAAUCCAUGGCUGAGUUUAGCUACUAAAAUCCAACGUAGGGCAAAGAAAUAGAAAAAAAUAUAUCAAUUUAGGAAAAAGUGUCUUUUGGAGACGUUGUUUGUAACUUGAUUUGUACUUUUGGAGACUUUUGUCAUCAGAUGAGGCGGAUCAUCUUUUUGUCCCGAUGAACACAAAACUUGCAGUAAAAAAAACAUUUAUAGAAAGGUCUAUCAAACUCACACAAUGCCUGAGGCUGCAGCCUCCCCCACAGCCGGUACAGUACCUCAUACUGAUGAUAAAGUUCACCGGACCUGAUCAGGGUCCCCCGACCUGACCGAUGUCCCGUGACUCCUGCGGUGGUCUGUAUCACUUUAGUAGAGCAUGUGUUGAAGAAAACAGCUUCUCAUUGUAGCACUGAAAGUUGUCACUUAAUCUUUUUGUCCAGAUAAGUUUCUCCUGUGUGCAGAGGACGCCUUGGGCCUCUGUCUCUCGUGUUUUUGGCUCUUUUGAAUCACCGGUUUCCCUCUAGUUGGGGGCUGAAUAACAUCCUGGUUGCUAUGAGGGUGAAUCUGUAAGCAGGGUAUCUGCAGGUUUAAGGGAGACAAAUUUAAGAUUUUUUAAGACCUUUUUAAAGGCCACUGACCAAAUUUAAGCUAUUUUUUUAAAUUAAAUUUAAGCUAUAAUUUCCGGCUAUUGCCUGGAACCGGUGCUAACCACGUUGUGAACGUGGGAUUAGCCAUCCAGUUACCAUUAAUGUUGCACUUCCCCAUGGUGCAAACUCCCACUAGCAUGCUCAUCUAAAAAUAGCCCCCUUUCACAACCAACCGAAUGUGUACGGUUCCACUUACGCCAAUAUCAAACACAAAAAAUGCUGAACUAACUAGAAAUUCACGAAAAUUUUAUGGAAAUAAAAGAAUCUUGUUUAUUAGGUCUUUGGUAAUUUAAGACCUUUGGAAACUAUUUAAGGAUUAUUUGUCAUUUUUAAGGCCUUAAAUUUGGAAAAGCAAAUUUAAGACUUUUUAAGGACCUGCGGAUACCCUGUGUAAGGAUGGUAGUAAUCUUUAUUUUUAUUAUUAUUUCUAAGGACUGGUAUUUCUAGGUUUUGUGGGGUGUUGUUAGGAAUUAAUUUUUCAGUACCAGCGUACCACAACUACACACAUCACUGUAGAGUCGGAUCACACGGUGUUUGAAUAGCUAUGGCUUCCGUUUGUUUUCUGAUGAUCCGGUUUUCUCGUCAUGAUUAAAGGAUGUAGUCUGGUGCAGUAGCUGGGAUUUCAUAAUUUCCAAUCCUGUUAGAUCACUACCAAUGUUACUAGUUGUUAAUCUGUGGUGGAAAAAAAAAUAACCUAGCUAGGACUUUGAACUGAUCUUGGAAUUAAAAUCGGAGAGCAAAGCAAAAAUAAAAAAGGGUUUUCUUUUGUUAAGAUGAAGGGUUAAGAGGGUAAACGGGCCUGAAAAUGUGCUCUAUAUGUGGGAAGAAAAAAAGAGUGAUUCAACACCAUUCAAAACAUUAUGGGUCAGGUGAUGAAGGAUUUAAUCCGGUCACAUGUAUGCAGAACCACUGCAGUGUUUUGUUUUUAUCUGAUUUUCUUGUUAAAUGCAAAGCAUUGCAUGAGAUUGAUGCAGCUGAUGGAGGACGUACGACACGUCAAACAGCACUAAUCUUACAUGGAUCUGACUCUUAACUGCAUAUCACUAUUUGGGAGGUUCUUUUGGUUUCCUCAGUAGGUUUAAAAACAUAACCCUCAAGUCCAACAUGACCCACAGGCCAAAAGGCUCCAAACACCUCAAGCUAAUCUGUGACUGUGAGCCGGACGGACGAGCUACGUCGCUCUGGUAACAGCUGAGCUGUUGUUUUGAGUUGUGAAUGAACUGUAUUGCUGAGCAACCUGGAUCUGAGCAAUAAAGAUUAUUUGAAAGAGAAAA